CCAGUUUUCUCUGAAACCCGUCAUCCUGUGAUAGUCUAUAUACAUGGAGAAUCCUUCGAGUGGAAUUCUGGAAACCCUUAUGAUGGAAGCGUUUUAGCUUCCUAUGCCGACUUAGUAGUCGUCACGCUCAAUUAUAGGCUGGGAAUAUUAGGUUUCCUGAACGCCAACCCGGCCCCCCACCUCAAGGCUCGCGUCGCCAACUACGGUCUCAUGGACCAGAUUGCCGCCCUGCACUGGGUGCAGCAAAACGUUGCGCUCUUCGGCGGCGAUCCUGGCAACGUCGCGCUGGCGGGCCACGGCUCAGGCGCGGCCUGCAUCAACUUCCUCAUGAUUUCGCCCACGGUGAUGCCGGGGCUGUUCCACAGGACGGUGCUGUUGUCCGGGUCGGCGUUGUCGUCGUGGGCGUUGGUCGAAGAUCCUGUCAAUUACGCAGUCAAACUAGCCAAAGAGGUGAACUGCAGCAUCCCCGAAGACGUCGGCAAGGACCACGAAGCCAUCGUCGACUGCCUCCGCGAAACGCCCUUAGAAGACCUCCUCAGAGCCGAAGUCACCCCACCAGCCUACCUCAGCGCCUUCGGUCCCAGCGUCGACGGCGUCGUCAUCAAGGCCGACUUCGCCAAAGAGCUGGUGACCUACUUCAAGCCGCAGGAUCUGCAGAGCUUCGGCAACGCGAAUGUGAAGCGCAGCGAAGCCACGUUGACGCCCAGGGGCACUAACCCUUAUGAUUUGCUGUUCGGGGUGGUGACGAGUGAAGCGCUGGGGCGGUUCUCCGACAAGGACAUCUCUGCGGGGUUCGAGGGGGAACGACGUGACAAGCUAGUGCGCACGUACGUUCGCAACGCGUACACAUACCACCUGAGCGAGAUCUUUUUUACGGUGGUUAAUGAAUAUACGGACUGGGAGAGAACUGUGCAGCAUCCGGUGAACACCAGGGACUCGGCUAUUUCUGCGCUGAGUGAUGCUCAGUUCGUGGCUCCGCUGGUGCAGACGGGGGAUAUGCUGAGCGCUAAGCCACCUCAGUCUGGACAGGAGGCUGGCGGGUCGAGGACGUUCUUCUAUGUGUUCGAUUAUCAGACGAAGGAUGGAGAUUACCCCCAAAGAAUGGGAACAGUGCAUGGAGAAGAGCUCCCAUACAUUUUUGGUGCACCUCUUGUCGAUGGAUUCAAUCACUUUCCGAAGAACUAUACAAGAUCAGAGCUAGCACUGUCUGAAUCUUUCAUCAUUCUCAUCGCUAACUUCGCGAGAACUGGGAAUCCGAAUGAGCAUCAUAAACAAGAACCAGUUCUUGCAGCCUCCAGGGAGAGAAAUAGAUUCAGGUCGAUAGUUUGGGAUGAAUAUGAUUCCGUUCAUCAAAAGUAUCUAGAAAUUGGUAUGAAACCACGCAUGAAAAAUCACUUCCGAGCUCACCAGCUCAGCGUUUGGCUCAGACUAAUCCCAGAACUCCAUCGGGCAGGCAUGGAAGAUGUCGUGGCCAGGCAUAACCUCUUCAGAAACCACAACAGUGCCGACCUCUACGACGGAGCAGUCCGUCCUGACCCUCUCUCGCGAGUCAGCUACUACGAUCCAACUAUGGAGCUGAUAAGAAGACGACCAAACACCAGCUUGACAGCUUUAGACGCACCAACCACUGUAGAGACUAUGGUUACCACGUGUGUUAGUGUUAUACCUUCUGGAAACUACAACCACCAGUUGUUCCAAAAUCAAAAUAAUGCCACCGACACCCUAGCAAGCCUGGAGGCUGCUGGUUAUGCAGCUUACAGCACAGCUUUGAGCGUGACUAUAGCGAUCGGCUGCUCUUUAUUGAUCCUCAACGUGCUGAUAUUCGCUGGGGUGUAUUACCAGCGAGACAAGACGCGAAUGGAGGUGAAAAACUUGCAGCAGCAGCAGAGCAGGAACCAAGCAGCCUUCGAGACUAUAUCGAAACAUCAACACUACCACAUGGGGCACUCACAAAGCUCCAAUGUCAUAGUCGACGUGGAGCAGGACACCUCUGCCAUGAUCCUAGCUGCAAAUGCUCACGACGUACAUAAAAACCAGCAUCUCUGCCCCACCAGUAUAGCCAACACUCUGAAGGCUCCUCCCCCCAGCCCGAACGUCAUCAUGCAGAACUGCAUGACUUUGCCGAAGAAACCUCAGAUGCACAGCUAUCAGGGACAUCAGCACGGCUGUAUGACCCUGCCGAAGAACGCCAGCUUGAUGAACAACACGGCUUGCGUCAUCGCGGAGAUGCAGCAGCAAGGUCUAGUCCAGCCUCCUAACGGGAAUGCGACGAUGCCAUUGUGCGUGCCGAAGCCCCCACCACCGCCUAGAGCAAGGAGCCCGGAAAGCCAGCCUUUGCUCAGCUCGCAUAAUAAUAUGGCGAAGGGGGCUAUGAAUGUGCCGCAUGCGGCGAUGAGUGAGAUGAGAGUGUGAUAAAACUGAGUGGAGUGAUAACUGUAGGGAAUAUGCUCAAGUGACUAAACUUUUCGUCCGAUGAACAGUGCAUAUGGCGAAUGAACAAAAUAUGGUUUGGCAACAAUAUUUUCUCACAAUGAUUUGAAAGGUUAUCAUGCAGAAAUUGAAGUUAUUACUGAUAUCAGGCAUCAUUUAUCACACAUAUUUUUUAUGAAUUCGAUAAUUCUCUUUUCACGGCACAGAUCUCAUUAAUUUGUUGGAACGGCUGAUUUCAUCUACUCAAUCUCAGAUAAAAUUUAGGUGAAUGCUACCAUGACAAGCUACCUUCUCAUGAAAUAUGACGAGCAUUGAGUUAUUACCUAGAUUUCAUAAAAAUAUCAUUUUCCAUAAUAACUCAGGGGCUUUUGAGUGUUUUGAAUUCAGAUUCUGCAUUUGGUUAAAUUAGGAAUAAAUUUUCGAUAACUAAGAAAUUUUUGAAUUGUCAUCUGUUCUUUAUCUAUGUACUUGGGGCUCUCAUAUUAUGUUUGUCACUGAUGAAACCAAGAUUGUUUCUGGUUAAUAGUAUUUCUAGUGCAAAUAGUGUUGUGAAAGCAUAUGAUCUCCAAGUGUGUUUGAAAAAAAAUUUGACAUUGAAUAAAAUAUUGCAUAGGUAUUCCUCAUCAUUUUGAAGAGCAGGUUAUAACAAAAUUGUUAUUUUUGUAUCUAGUGCUCGGAAUGCUACUUUGGGAAUCAAGAAUCGAUUCUUCUAACGAAGCGCAGUCGAGUCGGAAAAUAUUCGAGAAGACACAAGUAUUUCGCGCACGAGUUGCAAACAAUUUUUUUCUGCAGACGUCAAAAAAUGUAGUUCUGGAGUAAUAUGCUCAGCCUUAUACAAAAAAUAAUGUUGAACUGGCUUGAAAGGCAUUUCCCUAACGUCUCUAUAGGUACGCACGAAGUUCCACGAACAUUAUAGAAAUUUCCUUUCGUACGGCCCCAGAGAUGGAAAUGAAAUUGUUAAACAUCCAGAAAUGAAUGAGAAUAAAUAAAUAAAAGAAGUUUCAUUUAGUUUACAUACAAUGCGCGAAGUAUGUACUUCGCGCACUGCUUCGCACAUGGUGUUGUGGUAACGAAGGAAACUGACAAAAAGGGUCAUUCCGAAUUUGUUAUCAUCAACGUAUGAACCUUGUCAUUUUUUGACGUUUGUAGGAAAAAAUGUUCCGCAGUGAUGGAAUGAUUGAGUAAUCGCUUGUUUUCCUUCUAUUGCUGAACAUACUCAUUUCAAGGAGAAAUAUGGAAUAUUGUUCUUGUUCUCGUGGUGAAUCAACUAUUAUGGACAAUGAUUUUUGCAAGGUACCAUUCUGAAUCGAAUAUUUCUAAAACAGUUCAUCUCAACUCUCUGGAAGUGUGUUUUUCUUCAAAAAAACUUGAAAGGAAAUACGAAAAUAUGGAAUUUAUCAAAAUUCUUUCAAUGGUGUGGAAUAUAUGAGAAAAUUACCACAACAACCAUCUUGUAGUGCAUUACUGGAUCGAAUGACGGAAGUAAUUAUCGUGAAAGAUUGAGGUUUCGGAAAAGAAAAACAUAUACCAAAAUCGAUAUCGAUCAAAAUUCUUGUUGUUUUCGCCUUAUAAUCCAAAAAUGAUCUUAUUUGAACUUCAGCACCCUAUGUUCUGGAAACUAGCUACUUGAGAACAUGAAGUUCCUACGCCUUUUCAAAAAUUCGGUUUUAUCCCUUAUCAACACUCCAUUCAUUUCAUUAUACGCAUGUUAUAGGUUACAAGGGUCCGUCUGCUGAUCCAACCAAGGCAUUAUUAUAUUCAAUAUUAUAGAGCUAUACUUUUAGUAUUGAAAAUGGAAAUGAAAAUAAUGUAUUUUUUAGACAUGGAGAUUUGCAUCACUGCAAAUAAAACCAUUAUCAUGUACCAGCCAAGGUUCAGGUAUUCCCCGAUGGGGAGCCCAGCUCCUAUAUAUUUCAUAGAAUUUGAUAAUUCCCUGAUCGCAAUAAAAAACCACUUACAUAUCUGAGUAUGAAAUAAAUUGAUCCGGAUUCUGAAUAUUAUUUGUAGUAUCCUUUCAACACUGUGUCUGUAGAAAAUGCAUUCUUUCUGCAGUCUUUUCCGAUCCUUGUUCUUCAGUAUUUCAAAACCACUAUUCUGAAUAUGAAAAAAAUUGAAAUAUCAUGAGGUUAUCAUUACUGAAAUCGAUUGUUCACAAAAAUACCUUCCUGAGGAGUAUGAAUCGUUGGAAGCAUCAUAGAUAUCAACCACGAGUCGAGAAAGUAUAUAGUUGUAGAUAGGCAUUUGGAGAUCUACAAUCAUCCACAUGAAACUUGAUGUACUAUUUGUAUACUGACAGUCGAUAUUUUCAGUUGCAUGAUAUAUUCUCAGCUGUAUCUUCUUCAUUCGCUCUAUGACAUUGUUCUGUUGAUAUUAUCAUUUAUACUUAUCUCGGGCCUAUUAUAUGACCUAAACUCUGUAAAUAUUCCGGAAUUCGUUAUGAAUGUUAAAUGUGUAAGUGUCCAUCUCCUCUGUUUCACAUGACACUAUUUUUUCGCAUUCCACUUAUUCAACCUGCUCAAAUGAAGACUGAUAGUUACAUUUUCGAUUACAUAAUUCACUCGAGGAACCAAAAACGUUAGUUGAAGUUCAGUUAUACAACGAAUAAUUCGUUAUACGAUACAGUCUCCAUAUAGAAGUUGUUAUAUCAAUUUCUGUUGGUUAGAAGAAUCAGAUCUGGAAUUGUAUGGUACCCUAGUACGAAGACUAUAUUGACAGGCCUCAGAUUAACAGCAAAAUAACAUCUUCAAGCUGACCACAAUUACCGCUGAAUAUUAUCAUGGUAUUCUGUAAACAUUUAUUUUGUGUCCGAUUAUUUAACCAUGCAAAUUGCACAAUGUCUGAAAGCAUCACUUCAUCUUAGUUUAGUUCAUCUUCCGUAAACUGAGAAUUUGUCAAUACUUGUCUUGACAUUCUCUCAGUCUGAUUCUAAUUAUAGUUGGAGCAUUUUAACACCAUAGUUAUUGGAGAGUAGGAAACAGAUUAAUUAGUUGUUAUACUAUGAUAUUUUGAUGAACACACGUAAUCGUGGAAGGAUGUUUGACUGCUGAUUGAAAUAUUGAUAACACUAGAAACAAAAUCUUGUUGAAUGAACCCAAAAACUCUGAAAAUUUCCAUGAUAGAUUCAAUUCAAUGUUAUAAUGAAAUUGUUCCACGAAAUUGCAUCGAUUUGGUAUGGCUUGAAAAUGAUUGCAUUAUCAGUCUUCUUUUGUCAGGUUGGACCCAACAUAAUUUUUGUUAUUCACUAUCGAAUUAUCAUUAUUACAGAAUAAACUUUUGUUAUUCAGAAAAUGAAAGGAUUCGCAAAAAUAUUCAAUCUAUACCCAAGAUAUUUAGAUUUGUACUACGACCGAUUCGAUGCUGGAAAUGGUCAUCUCAACUGUUUCUUCAAGGAAUAUCAAACUCAUUUCAGCAUAGCUAACGACUUCUUUCAUUUUUCUGAAGAACUGCUGAUAGUUGUUGCACCAAUAUUUGUUCCUCAAUUUCCAUUAUAUUUGGUGCCAAAUAUACUUCAUGAACCUUGAUUCUUUUAUAGAAAUAGUACAAUGAAUGAUUCCUUACCAGUGUGUGAACACGAGGACAAUCUUCUAAAAUGAUUAUACUAAAAAAAUAGAUGAGUUUCAAACUUCAACGAAAAACUAGAUCGAAAUUAGGAAAUUUUAAACUUGAAAAUAUAACUCAUAUGCAGCGGUUUGAUAGUUAUUGUAAAUACACAUUUUUCGAUGAAAUUUGGAACGAACAUAUUAUAUAAUACUGGAAUUUGAGGAAGCUGUCCUGAUCCUGAAAAAUUGUUCGUCAUCUAACCUCAAAGUUAUUCUAUCUGCUGGAUUAAGGUUCAUGCAUAGGCUAUAUUCCGAAUUCAACUGGUCAGUAUCGUACUGUCAGUAAAUCCACUGACUCUGCUGAGAAUAAGUGUUCCCAAACAUAAAAUCAAAAAUAGUUUACUGUAAUUCGAAACACGUUCCCAUGAUUUCCAUCAGUAAUCAGCAGCAGUUGAUCAGCUGGUGAAAUUGGGAUAUCAUUCAAGCGUCAAUUAUUAUAUAAAGAAAUUAAAUUUAUGUAACAUAACUUCUUUCUAAUGACAUGUCAGCAGCAGCAGUUUCAGCAGAUUGAGUACAAAUAUUUGGAAUGAAUAGUUUGUCUGCUCACAAGUAUCUGUCCAUUUCAGUGAUUUUUUUCAUUUCGGAAUGAAGAAUCAGCAGAUUCAGUGCUGGUAGUUGAAUCGGAAAAUAGCCAUGAUAGAUUCACUGUCAUUCUGAUGUGUCAAGUUUUCUCAAUAAACUGACAUAUAAAUAUUCAUAUUUCAUUGAUGUAGCUGCGAUGAGAGGAAUUCUCGCAUCAGAAAAAGUGUGUAAAUAACCACAAAUAACUGAAAAAUUUUUGUUGAGCAAAAUACAGUGAUUUUUAUGUUCCCUUGAUAUUUUUUGCAUAACCAAGAAUUUGGAAGAGAUAUGAUGAUAUAGUGAAAUCUUGACAGACCUCAAAUUCUCAGGACUAUUGACGUAUGUUUUAAAUAAUGUGACACUUCAAUUAUUA